GCUUCCCUCUGAAGUCCCUCAGUCCACCUGCUGACCUCCAGCUGCAGACCUCCACCAGGACCACAUCAGACGACUACUUUAGCCCACUUUUGGACCAGCUUUGGACUGGUUUGCUGAGGAUGGCGGAGGCUCAGAGAGGAGACCUGUCAGACUCGGAGAGGAGGAUCCUGCAGGUCGUCUGUGAAGGAGACGUUCAGGACGCGGCCGAGCUGCUCGCUAACAACGAUGUACGGAUCAACUGUCUGGACGAGAACGGGAUGACUCCUCUGAUGCAUGCGGCGUAUAAAGGGAAGGCUGACAUGUGUCGUCUGCUGCUGCAGCACGGAGCUGACGUGAACUGUAACCAGCACGAGUACGGCUACACGGCGCUCAUGUUCGCCGGCCUGUCAGGGAAGACGGACAUCACCUCCAUGAUGCUGGACGCUGGAGCAGAGAGAGACAUCGUCAACUCUGUCGGACGAACCGCCGCUCAGAUGGCGGCUUUCGUAGGUCAGCACGACUGUGUCACAGUGAUCAAUAACUUCUUCUCCCUGAAGAGGCUUGAGUACUACACCCGCCCUCAGGGACUAGAGAGAGAGCCCAAACUCCCCCCCAACCUGGCCAGACCCCUGUACAAGAUCAUCAUGACCACCAACCUCAACCCGGUUAAGAUAGUCCUGCUGGUGAAGGAGAACCCCGUUCUGGUGGACGUGGCGGCUCUGGAGAAGUGUUACCAGGUGAUGGACCUGCUGUGCAAGCAGUGUGUGACGCAGCAGGACAUGAACGAGGUGCUGGCCAUGAAGAUGCACUACAUCAGCUGUGUGCUGCGGAAAUGUGUUUCCUUCCUGCAGAAACGAGACGACACGCUGGAAGCCCUCGUCAAGAACCUGCUCAAGGGACGGGACAGCGAUGGUUUCCCGCAGUACCAGGAGAAGUUCAUCAGGGAAUGCAUCCGGAAGUUUCCGUACUGUGAGGCCACGCUGCUGCAAGAGCUGGUGAGGAGCAUUGCACCGGUAGAGAUUGGCAACGACCCCACGGCGUUCUCCGUGCUGAGUCAAGCUCUGAUGGGUCAGAUGGCGUUGGUGGACGCUGAUUACUGCAACACGUGUGGGGAGAAGGGCGCCGACAAGAGGUGCUCCCUCUGCAAGGCUGCGUUGUACUGCAGCCUGGCGUGUCAGAAGCUUCACUGGUUCACUCAUAAGAAGAUGUGCUACUCGCUGCAGGAGCAGGACGCCGACCUGGAGGAGGACACGCCCAGACUCAAACCUCUGAAAGAUGAUGAGAGCGACCUGGUGAUGGAGACGGCGAACUUUCUGCAGGAGCUGUGUAUGCGGGCGGAGGAGAAAGUGGCUGCAGUGGGGGGAUGUCCUGCAGAGCUGCUGUCCUGUCCCUCACCAGCAGCCGGUCCGUCCUGCAAAGACUGAGAGCGGGUUUCUGAGAACCUGAUGUCUUUAACCCUGAAGGACACGAGUCCUCUCUCUGGGAAUCUUCACGUGUCAGAGCCUGAACGGGGUUCAUCCUGAGUCUGAGAAACCUCAUCAACCACUCUGUUCGUCUCGUCAGAGUCCCAGUGUGAAGUUUGAAACUGAGGCCUGUUGUGAGUUUAAAGGUUCAAACUCGACGAGAAGAGAAGGAUGAUGAGCGGCCCGACGUAGCAGAGUGAAGAAAGCUGCAAUACGACAUUUGUUCUCUUUAUUUACAGUAUUUUUAUAGGUUUGACAUCAUGGUGAUUCUACGCGCAAAAUGUCUGGAUACAUGAUUGUUUAGAUAUGUUUAGAUAUGUAUGUGUUCUCAUACAUGAAUAGAUGUAAACAGUGUGUGUGUAAAUUUAUAGGUAGGUUUUUAUACUGUAUGUUUAUAUUACAGUGAGAGCUCAUAGCUGAGGCGUCCUAAAGUUGUUUAAUUAUCUAAGUAUCUUUCAGACUAUAAAAAACAUUUGAAUAAAUUCACAUUUAAUUCCU